AUGAGCGUACCCGAGACAAAUAAUAGUGCACCUGUAACUCCAGCUAAUUAUACGCCAGCUACAUCAAAAAGACAACUGUCCAGAUUUCAUCCUUACCAUGGCAACAACAUAAUUCUAUGUGAAGAUAAUACAGUCGCUUUUCGUAAGACCAGCUUUGCCGAUGCGGUUACAUUUUCCGAAAAACCCUUACAAAUGGGUGAAAUUUUUCUGGUAGAGAUUGAGAAAAAUGAACGUGGCUGGUCGGGCCAUAUGCGUUUGGGUCUAACACAAUUGCUGCCCGAUGUUUUGGGUUCAAUGGAUUCGGGUUUGCCACAAUUUGCAUUACCAGAUUUGGCAAAUUUAGGUACCUGUUGGAUAUUUCCUAUAUCAAAAUUUGAAUCUCAUACACUGACACCACGUUCAAAUGCCGGUGAUGGUGGAGGUGGCGGAAGUGGUAGUGAUAAUUCGGCAUUAGCUACGACAAACAAUGGACAACCCUCAACAAGUUCAGCUGGAUCAACAAAAAGUAGUAUUUUAGGCGACUCAAUGUAUGUGCGUACACCCCGUGGUAUGAUACCCAAACGUUUGCUGAGACCAACUGCCGCCGAUGGCAUAUUGCUGACAGACAAAGGAUCCCGUAUUGGUGUUGUAUUUAUACCCACCGAAAAUGAUAAGACAAAGGGUGAAAUGCAUUUCAUUAUCAAUGGUGUGGAUCAGGGACCGUGUACCCGAGAUAUACCACUGGAUGAGGCACCACCCCUGCAUGUGGUCAUUGAUGUGUAUGGCACAACAAAACAAAUACGCAUCAUACAAUUAUAUGGCAUUGUUUCGCUACAAAAUGCUUGCCGUGAUGCUAUACUCUUAAAUAUGAAACCACAAAAUAUUGACAAAUUACCAUUGCCAGAGCGUUUAAAGAAUUUCCUUAAAGGUCAAGAUUAAUUAGUAAUUAU